GCUUCCAGCUCAAGCAGCCGCCCCGCUGCCAUAUAAAAGCAAAACCCUAAAACCAACCCCUUCAUAUCCGUUCCCCUCCUCCCCCUUACCCGCCCGAAGAGCGACCGCCGCCGCCAUGCCGAAGCACUACCGCCCUCCGGGCAAGAAGAAGGAGGGGAACGCGGCGAAGUACAUCACGAGGACCAAGGCGGUGAACUACCUGCAGAUUAGCCUCGCAACAUUCAGGAAGCUAUGCAUACUCAAGGGGGUCUUUCCGCGGCAGCCGAAGAAGAAGGUGGAAGGGAACCACAAGACCUACUACCACAUGAAGGAUAUCGUCUUCCUGCUUCAUGACCCUUUGAUUGAAAAGUUCAGGGAAAUCAAGGUCCACAGAAAGAAGGUUAAGAAGGCUGUUGCUAAGAAAAACAAGGAUCUUGCAGACAGAUUGUUGAAUCGACCACCAACUUACAAGCUUGAUAGGCUUAUCCUUGAAAGAUAUCCGACGUUUGUUGAUGCUCUUCGAGACUUGGAUGAUUGCCUUACAAUGGUGCAUCUGUUUGCGGCAUUACCUGCUGUUGAUGGUGAGCGUGUUGAAGUCAAACGAAUCCAUAACUGCCGCAGGUUAAGCCAUGAAUGGCAAGCAUACAUAUCCCGUACUCAUUCUCUGAGGAAGACAUUUAUUUCUGUGAAGGGCAUAUAUUACCAGGCUGAAGUUCAAGGACAAAAGAUCACCUGGCUAACUCCUCAUGCUCUUCAGCAAGUAUUAACUGAUGAUGUUGACUUCAAUGUGAUGCUCACUUUUUUGGAAUUCUACGAGACACUUCUAGGAUUUGCAAACUUCAAGCUUUAUCAUUCAAUAAAUGUAAAUUAUCCUCCUAUUCUGGAUUCUCGUUUGGAAGCUUUAGCUGCAGAGCUCUAUGCAUUGUGCCGAUACAUGUAUGCUGGUUCCGGAAGAGUGAUUGGCAAUUCAGAAUCUGGCAGAUUAAUUGAGGAAAAAGUGGACGAAAAUAGUAAAGCAAGCUCAAAAGCAGAUGAGUCUGAACUUAGAUUGGCACAGCUUCAGCAUCAGCUCCCAACUAAUGAACCUGGUGCACUGAUGCAUCUUGUAGAAGAAUCGACUGCUGUUGAUGCAGAUGAUAACGAGACUAAAGAAUGCAAAAGUUUAUUUAAGAACUUAAAGUUCUACUUGAGUCGUGAGGUGCCUAGGGAGUCCCUUUUAUUUAUUAUUCCAGCAUUUGGAGGAACUGUUUCAUGGGAAGGAGAAGGAGCUCCAUUUAAUGAAGUAGAUGAAGACAUCACUCACCAGAUUGUUGAUAGGCCAACACAAAGCCAUGUUUUCCUUUCUAGGCAGUAUGUUCAACCACAGUGGAUAUAUGAUUGUGUAAAUGCUCGCAUCAUAUUGCCGACAGAAGGUUAUUUUGUUGGAAGAGUACCUCCCCCGCAUUUGUCUCCUUUUGUGGACAAUGAUGCAGAGGGUUACAUUCCCGAGUAUGCAGAGACAAUAAACAGGCUGCAAGCUGCUGCUCGCAAUGAGGUCUUGCCUCUGCCAGGUAUAGGUGAUGAAGAUCUGGAUAAUUCGUUGGUAGCAGCAAUCAUUGAUCGAACAGAGUCUAACGAAGCUGCUGAAAAGAAGAGGAAGUUGGACAUGCUAGAGAAGCAAUACCAUGACGAGCUGAAGAUGGAAUAUGAGGGCAUUACUUUCUCUAAUCUGUCAAAUAAGAGAGCAGAUAACUCACCAGAUGCCAUGGACAAAGAUGAUACUCAGUCAGAUCACGUGGAUGCUAAUAAACAAGCCGAGAAGGAUGCUGCUGACAUUUCUAAGGCUCUCAUGUCUCGCAAGACGAGAGGCCUUGUUAAAGCAAUUGAGAUUGGCAAGGAAAGGAAAAAAGAUAAAGUCGAACUACUCAAGAAAAGAAAAAAAGAUGCUGAUUCUGGUGCUUCUGCUAAGCGACGCUGACGCUCCGAGUUCCUCAGCGUCGUCCGUCUGUUUGGACCUGCUAUCAGCCCUGGUGUAGCAUGAUGCGUGGUUGCCUUCUGAUAUCUAUGCUGUUCAAGAUAGGCUUUAUGGAUGUACCAAGAUACUUAAAUAGAAAGUUUUGAUCUAUUUUACUAAGCAUGCAGGGUCGUUAUUGUUAAGUCUGGAUGUUUUCAUCUUCGUUGAAAGGUGCAAGAAUUCUUAGUAAAGAUAUUUUGCCGAA